AUGGAGGCGGGGUGCCAGAAGUUUACAGAGUCCAGCUUCAUUUCUCGUACUACCGCCACAAGAUCAACACGGAUAUGUAGGACUCCUACUGAACCCCCAAAGACGCCUUGUAGACGCGGCAGUUUGAGCAUCAUCCAGCCAAAAGUGUGCCUCAAUGAGAUGCUAAUGAUCGCGCGAAAGAUUUGGUUGAGCAAUGGAUCCAACGCGGCUGAUGUUCCCCUUCCUACAAUAGCCAUGAAAUUUAAGGUGCUGCCGGUAUCAGGGCUUUCGGAGGAGGUCCCUCAAGCAUUGGGAAGUAAAGGGGAAUGCGAAUCACGAACUGCUUCGGACUUUAUUGAGGUUGAUACAGAAAAGUGUAGGGAGCCAAUAGAAUCUGUAGACGUUCAAGCUGAAUUGGACCUUGGCGUCUUGCUUCAACGAUGGUUGGCUAAACUAACGGAUGUUGAAGCCUCUGAAAAUUCUGCUAAUAGGCGGUCUUCAAAGCAGCGGCAUAGUGGAAGUUGUGCAAGAAAGAAAAGAGAAUCGACCAAAAGUGGAAGUAAAAUGUCACCAGAACAGGCAUCAGCAGAGUCAAUGUUUAAUUUUUGUCGCGAUAGAGCCAACUCUGAACUUCCGCGCCCUUGGGCAGCCGCUCUGACGCCUGAUGCCCUGUCAGUGGAUUGGUCUUUGGGUCAGAGCUCAGGUGGAACAAUAUCUAAUUUAGUUCGACAAACAAGCAAUGGAUCAAUUGACCUUUGUCUUCAAAGUGUGGAUCUCCUCUCGUCCAAUUCAACAGCUUCCGAGCCCCUAAGUGACAAAGGGAGCCAGUCUGAAAAUUAG